AUGGAGAUACGCUGCGGCAAAGUACCACUCAACAUGCAAAGGCACGGUGGGGUGAACCAGCUGGGUGGGGUGUUUGUUAACGGACGACCGUUACCACAAUUAGCCAGAAAGCGCAUCGUGGAUAUGGCGCACCAGGGUGUUCGUCCGUGCGAAAUAUCCCGCCUGCUGCGCGUCAGUCACGGCUGCGUCAGCAAGAUAUUAUCCAGGUUCCAUGAGACGGGUAGCACCAGGCCAAGGGUGAUAGGGGGCUCCAAGCCCAAGGUGGCAACCCCCAAGGUGGUGGAAAAGAUCAUCGGGCUGAAGCAGAGGCAUCCUGCCAUGUUCGCGCGGGAGAUCAGAGAGAGACUGCUCCUGGAGCGGGUGUGUGACCAUGACAGAGUACCCAGCGUUAGCUCCAUCAACAGGAUAAUAAGAGAUAAAGUUCAACUUCAUCCUCUUUCUUGUGAAAUAGGUACAGUAAGUGCCCAAUCUUUGACCCCCUCAGUGUCAGUUACCACAGGUAACAGCUUCUCUUCUAACUCCUACUCUAUUACUGGUAUUCUGGGAACUGGUUCAAACGCAAGCAAAAGUGUCAAAGUUUCUAUUCUGAAAAUCACAGUUCCUGCCAAACCGAAGCCUGGAGACUCUCAAACCUCAGCUUGA